AUGAGAACUAUACAGAUUACUACAGGUGGUCCAAGUAUAACACAUCUAGCCUUUGCAGAUGAUAUGAUACUCUUCGCAUCAGGUAAACCAUCAGAUAUAAGAAAAGUUAUGAAAAUUCUGACAGUUUAUGAGGAUGUUUCAGGUCAACAAGUUAACAAGCUUAAAAGUUGUGUGGCAAUGGCACCAAAAGCAAGUGUAGAGUUGAUUCAUAGAACAAGACAUCUGACAGGAUUGCACAGAAAGGACUGGCCUAUCAAAUGUCUUGGUUGUCCACUCUUUGUGGGAAGGAUGAAAAUCAUUUAUUUCUCAGAAAUGGUCCAUAAUAUUACAAAGAGAAUUCAUACUUGGCAUGCUAGAUUUCUGUCUAAGGGAGGAAAAAUAGUUUUAAUCAAACAUGUUUUGCUUGCAAUGCCAGUGCACUUGUUGGCUGCAAUGAAACCACCUAAGGCACCUUUGAGCAAUUAG